AUGUGUCACUCUCGCACCUCCCACUACGCCAGCCAACAAUCCAAAGUCUCAGGCUACAGUACGGGCCACUCUCGCUCCUCCAGCAUCACGGAGCUCGGCCACCGCAGGAACCACUCGAUUGGAAGCACGUCCACCGGGAUCGGCAGCCUCCCGGAGCCGAGCGAGGACCGAGAGACCAGGACCUGCCCAGUUCUCCCUGAGCACCCGGCCUCACCCAGCAGCGCGGCCAGCUCCUCCCCCAUCCACACCGCCUCGUCCUGCGAGCGCCUCAACAGACACCUUGUGAAGCAGGAUUCCAUGGAGUCUCAGUUGAAGCGAAUGGAUGACACCAGAGUGGACGCAGACGACGUGGUGGAGAAGAUCCUCCAGAGUCAAGACUUCACCCCGAGUUUAUUAGACUCCAGCGCAGAAGAGGAGGGACUACGUCUGUUCGUCGGCCCAGGAGGAAGCACUGCCCUGGGGAGCCACCACCUGCCCACCAGGGUUGGAGCUGGAGCCUAUGAACAAGUCGUCAUGAAACGCUGA